AUGAGAGAGGUCAACUUCAGCAUUCCCAAUGUCAACAAGGCCUCGGUCCAUAUCACCACUACCCUUUAUGACCGCCGGGCUUUAGACUGCACCUCGACACUGCCUCUCAUCAACUCUCUGAAUCAUCUAGCUUAUUUGACCACUUCCUCCGCCCGCAUACGAGACAUACUCACCGUCGACGGUGGCAUUGAACGCCUGGUGUGCAUAUUGAAAGAAGGCAGAAGCAAGGAUGAGAUGCAUAUGUGGAAGUGGAAUCUUGCCUUUCAAUGCAUUGUCAACAUAGGCGUUCGAGGGUCUGAAAAUGUCCGUACUCGUGUAGUGGAAGCAGACAUGGUCCCGGUGAUCGCAACCAUUCUAUGGGAUUAUAUUCUAGUGGUCGAAAUGGAGAAGGCCAAGGUCGACGCCGAACAGGAAAAGCGCAACGGUUCGAAGCACUCUGGUAGCUCCAAGGCUUCGAGACUCUCGCGGGACGUGACACAGGAUACUGCCUCCCGAACUUCAUUCUUCGAGCACCUGAACGCCACCGCAGAUCAGCGUUCAACUCGUCGACAAGCUCCUCCCCCAUCGCUCGACCUGCCUCAAUCCUUCUCACAGACGUUUGGUGCCAUGGAUUCUGGUCCUACCGAAGGCGGCGCUCCUUCCACAGUUUUCACAUCCCCUCCGGAACGAACUAUAUUCCCUCGACGUGACUUGCGCCAUCAUAGCAGGGGUCAUGAAAGCAGGGGAUCCCUCCACAGAUCCGGGAACAUGCAACCUCCCGCGACUGCUGUCCCUUCGAUAGAUACUCCUGACGGCUUUUCGCUGCGACCAGUACGUGAAGUGGACAGACUGCCGUCGAUGUUACCAUCUCUGAAUACGGGCGUCACAUCCCAUCCUGACUCACCCACCACGCCUUCUGCGCCAAUUUCUCGAGAACUACUUUCGCCCAUUGGUCGUCGCCUCAGGAGGCCGUCCAUACGUCACCAGAACUCGACCGGUGAUGACCCCGACGAUGUUGUAUUGGAAGAUAUCACCGGUCCCGAAGAAGACAUUGUUGACCCCGAAGGCGCGGCCGAAGGUCAAAGCAGGGUACAGACCCGAGAUCCCAGUCCCCAUGAUCCGAACAGCGUCGAUGGGCGCCAACCGCUCACACUAACCAUCCCUCCCCCGCAAGGCCGAGAGAUUGACGAUGUUAGUAUCGCCCAGCAGACGCCAAUCGUCGCUGGUAUGGCCAAUCCCUUGGGACCUACGGCACAUGAAGCCUUGGGAGUGUCUCCUAUCCCUAACGCACCUGCAACCGCGGCUUCCCCUGCCAUCCCCCUGAAUGCAUAUCCUAAUUUUUUCCUCCGAAACGCAACCUCGACAGCCUCGACGACUGCUUUGAUGCCCCGAGACGAGGAUGUCUUGAUGGGUCUGCAGUUGCUAGCAUACAUUUCGAAGUACUGCUACCUUCGCCAAUAUUUCCAGAAAACCCAUUUGGUCCCAAGGCUACGUAUCGAUCGCGAGGUUGAGCGUAUUUAUGGGCCGAUAAGGGGCGCACCACUUCCAGAGCCCACUGAAGAUGAAGACGAAGAGUUCUUGCAACCCGACGACUAUAACAUAUUCCCUUUGGUGGAAAAAUUCACUAUCCGACACCACUCAAAGGACAUGCAGUACUGGGCGUGCGUUGUUAUGCGCAAUUUGUGCAGGAAAGACGACGCUAGGGGAGGCAUACGCCAGUGUGCCAAUUACCAAUGUGGAAAAUGGGAGGAGUAUACGCGACAAUUCGCGAAAUGCAGGCGUUGCCGGCGGACUAAGUAUUGCAGCAAGGAAUGCCAACGCGAAUCAUGGAGCAUGCAUAGGCACUGGUGUCACCUUGAAAAUGUCUAUUUAAGCAGGCGAUCGAACACAUGA